GUCCUCUUCUUCUUCUUUCUUACAGCGCACUGUACCCCUCUGUUGUCCCUUUGAACUCGGGUUAGCAGGAAGGAGUGGAUUCCUCCCCGGCCACGCGCUCCGGGGAGCUUGGCAGCACCGUCCUGCAGGAUGAGACGGCUCACGUGCUUCCUCCUCUGGCUGCUUCUUUCGGAAGCGCCGGGCUUUGAAAUCCCCACCAACGGCCUCUCCGAAUUCGUAGACUAUGAAGACCUUGUGGAAGUGGCCCCAGGCGAAUUUCAAUUUGCCCCAGAGAACCGGCGGCAGCAGAGAAGCCUUUCCGGAGAAUCGGGAGAACGGGCGGACGAGGUCGAUCAAGUAACUCUUCACAGCUAUAAAGUCCAGUCCACCAUCACCUCUCGUUCGGCCACCACCGUCAUUCAGAGCAAAGUGGUGAACAACUCCCCCGAGCCCCAGAACGUCGUGUUUGACGUGCAGAUUCCCAAGGGAGCCUUCAUCACCAACUUCUCCAUGACUGUGGAUGGCACGACAUUCAGGAGUUCCAUUAAGGAGAAAACCGUGGGCAAAGCCCUCUACUCCCAGGCAAGAGCGAAAGGCAAGACGACGGGCUUGGUGAGGAGCGGGGCUCUCGAUAUGGAGACCUUCAAAACCGAAGUGAACGUCCUUCCCGGGGCAAAGGUGCAGUUCGAACUCCAGUACCAGGAGGUGAAGUGGAGGAAGCUGGGGUCCUACGAGCACAGGCUUUCCCUGCAGCCGGGACGGCUGGCCAAGCACCUGGAGGUGGACGUGUGGGUCAUCGAACCUCAGGGACUAAGAUUUCUUCACGUCCCCGACACCUUUGAAGGCCACUUCGAUGGAGUUCCGGUCAUCUCUAAGGGACACCAGAAGGCGCACGUGUCCUUCAAGCCCACGGUGGAGCAGCAGAGGAUAUGCCCCAGCUGCCUGGAGACCGCCGUGGACGGCGAGCUGGUGGUGGUGUGCGUGAACAGAGAGGAGAAGGCUGGGGAGCUCGAGGUAUUCAAUGGAUAUUUUGUGCACUUCUUCGCUCCUGAAAACCUGGACCCGAUUCCCAAAAACAUCCUCUUUGUCAUAGAUGUGAGCGGUUCUAUGUGGGGGAUUAAAAUGAAACAGACAGUGGAAGCAAUGAAGACCAUAUUGGAUGACCUACGAGCGGAAGACCAAUUCUCUGUGGUUGAUUUCAACCAGAACGUCCGAACCUGGAGAAAUGACCUGGUUUCAGCUACUAAAACACAGGUCGAAGACGCCAAGAGGUACAUUGAGAAAAUCCAGCCCAGUGGAGGUGAGUGGGUUUGGUCGAAAGCCCAGAGAGAAGCUUCCGUGGUUCAUGUAAGCAGCGUCGCGCCGUACACGACACAUAAUCCAGCCCACACAGACGAGGACCCUGUCUCGCCCGUGCCCGACGCAGCCACAGGGAACGGAGAUGCAGGGGGCAGUGGCCACAGUGGCCUCCUGCCUUUUAAAUGCCGACGCGUUUUGCUAAACUGCCCUUCUUGGAUCCUUCCAAAAACGUUAUACCCUAUGGCUUCUUCUUCCCUUUCCCCUCUGCCAUCCCCAACUUCAGGUGAAGUAAAAUUGUCCAAAAUCCAGAAAAACGUGAAGCAGAGCAUACAAGACAAUAUCUCCUUGUUCAGCCUGGGCAUGGGAUUUGACGUUGACUACGACUUUUUGAAGAGACUGUCCAACGAAAACCGGGGGAUCGCUCAGCGGAUUUACGGGAACCAGGACACGUCUUCCCAGCUUAAGAAAUUCUACAACCAGGUCUCUACUCCACUUCUCCGCAAUGUUCAGUUCAACUAUCCGCACACGUCAGUCACAGAUGUCACCCAAAACAGUUUCCAUAACUACUUUGGGGGUUCGGAGAUUGUGGUGGCAGGAAAAUUCGACCCCGAUAAACUGGAGCAACUACAGGGCAUUAUCACGGCCACGUCGGCGAGCACGGAGCUGGUCUUGGAAACGCUGGCCCAGAUGGACGACUUGCAGGAUUUUCUGUCCAAAGACAAGCACGCAGACCCCGAUUUCACCCGGAAACUGUGGGCCUAUCUAACCAUCAACCAACUGCUGGCCGAGCGGCCUCCAGGGGCCGCACAAAACAAGAUUCUCGAAAUUGUAGGCGAUUUCCAUAGAAGCGUAAACCUGGAAACUAACAGAUGCAGGUCUUCCUGCGCAGGUGCCCUGUAUUACGGCAGCAAAGUGGCCCCGGGCUCCAUCCCGUCUUGGGCCAACCCUUCGCCAACGCCAGUGAUUCCGAUGCCCGCGCAGGGGGCUCGGGUGCUGGAGUCCACGCCGCCGCCACAUGUGAUAAGAGUUGAGAAUGACCCCCAUUUCAUCAUUUACCUGCCCAAAAGCCAAAAUAACAUUUGUUUCAAUAUCGACUCAGAACCUGGAAAAAUCCUCAACCUGGUUUCUGAUCCAGAAUCAGGAAUUUUAGUCAAUGGUCAGCUCAUUGGUGCCAAGAAGCCCAAUCAUGGAAAACUAAGCACCUAUUUCGGAAAAUUGGGGUUUUACUUCCAGAAGGAAGACAUGAAAAUAGAAGUCAGCACAGAGACUGUCGCCCUGAGCUGGAAGUCCCGCACGUCUGUCUUGACCUGGUCUGACACGGCCCGAGUCAUCAAUCAGAGGGUGGUUAUCUCAGUGAAGAAAGAAAAGACCGUGACCAUCACCCUGGACGACGAGGUGUCCUUCUCGGUUUUGCUGCAUCGGGUGUGGAAGAAGCACCCGGUUAACGUGGACUUUCUGGGAAUCUACAUUCCCCCCACGGACAAGCUCUCGCCCAAGGCCCACGGCUUAAUAGGCCAGUUCAUGCAGGAGCCUGAGAUACACAUCUUCAACGAGAGACCCGGAAAGGACCCCCAGAAGCCAGAGGCCAGCAUGGAGGUGAAGGGGCAGAAGUUGACCGUCAGCAGGGGCUUACAGAAAGACUACAGGACGGACAUCGUGUUCGGGACAGACGUCCCCUGCUGGUUUGUGCACAACAGUGGAAAAGGUUUCAUCGACGGACAUUACAAGGACUACUUCGUGCCUCAGCUCUAUAGCUUUCUCAAACGGCCUUGAAGGUUUAGAGUUUUGGAAAUCGUGUGUAUAAACAUACCUUCUUUCCCUGCCACCUUUGCAGAUACGCUUCAGUUUGGAUAGUUAAAGCCAACCAGAUAUCAUGGUGGUUUAUUAAAGCCUAUAAACAUAUCUGAAGAAAAUAAAUAUUUUGCAAAGAA